UUUCAGGACACUGCUGGUCAAGAACGUUAUAGAACAAUAACAACAGCAUAUUACCGUGGUGCUAUGGGUUUCAUUUUAAUGUAUGAUGUCACGAACGAAGACAGUUUUAAUUCAGUGCAAGAUUGGGUAACUCAAAUCAAAACGUAUUCAUGGGAUAACGCACAAGUUAUAUUAGUGGGAAACAAGUGCGAUAUGGAAGAUCAAAGGGUUAUUUCAUUUGAACGUGGACGACAAUUGGCCGAUCAAUUGGGUGUGGAGUUUUUCGAAACAUCGGCCAAAGAGAAUGUUAAUGUUAAGGCUGUUUUUGAACGUUUGGUUGAUAUUAUUUGCGAUAAAAUGUCUGAAAGUUUAGAUGCCGAUCCCACGUUAGUAGGUGGUGGCCAAAAGGGCCAAAGACUGACCGAUCAACCUCAAGGCACACCCAAUGCUAAUUGUAAUUGUUAAAUUAUCUAAUCAACAUUUGUUUAAUCUCCACAAUAAAAAAAUACAAAAAUAUUUAGUAAAAAUAAAAAAAACAAAAUAAUCAUGGAAAUUAAAACAAUACAUUUUUUCGGUUAUUAUUACUAAAACAAAAAUACAAUAAACUUACAAAUAAUA